CCCCAGCGCAAGCGGCGCCCGCGGCUCCACCACCACGCAAUUCGCAACAACAAUUCUCUCGGACUCGGCCGUUGCGGUCGCAGGCAGGGCGGGCCGGAGAUGGGCAACUGCCAGGCGGCGGAGGCGGCGGCCGUGGUGAUCCAGCACCCCGGCGGCAAGGUGGAGCGGCUGUACGGGCCGGCCACGGCCGGCGAGGUGAUGCGCAGCAACCCCGGGCACUACGUCGCGCUCGUCGUCCUCCGCGUCGCCGGCGUCGGCGGCGCCAAGCCCGACCCCCUGUCCGCGGGCGCGGCGGCCGCUGCCGGCGGCGGCGUCACCAAGAUCACCAAGGUGAAGCUCCUCAAGCCCAAGGACGCGCUGCUGCUCGGCCAGGUCUACCGCCUCAUCACAUCGCAAGAGGUGGCGAAGGCGAUCCAGGCCAGGCGGCAGGACAAGACGCGGCGGUGCGAGGAGGCGCUCGACGACCGGCGGCGGCGGCAACCGUCGCAGCCGGGACACGCCGCCACCGCCGCGGGUGGCGAUGCGCGGGGGCAGCCCGGCGCCGACGAGGUUCGGAAGCGGGCGGAGAAGGCGGACCGGCAUCACCGCGGCGGGUCCGGCGGCGGCGGCGCCGCUGCGAGAGGAGGGCGGAACUGGCGGCCGUCGCUGCAGAGCAUCUCCGAGUCGGCGAGCUGACCCGACCGAGGCUGCUCUGCAACACUGCAACUGCGGCGAGCGACUCCGAGUAGUACUAGAAUAGAAUGACAGGAAGGGAUGGAUUUAGUAGGAUUGUAGUAGAUGUACAUUGGGCGAGAGAGAGGGAGACUCCGAGGAGCGGCGAGCGAGACAGUAGCAAGAACUGCUCCCCGUGUAGUUGUUUUGCCAUCAGAAUUCAGAUCACAGUGAUGGAACAGUGAAGAAGUAGCCUUGCAAAUCA